AUUUAAAUCGCUAAACCGAACGGACAACCUAUGUGCGACGUUGACAAUAAUGCGCCAUUGGUUCAUGGAUGUGUGCUACAACCGUCAUUGCCUCGAUUUUAAGGGCUUUUGUUUUAAAAUAUACUUUUGAUCAGUGAACUGCGCAGACCAAGGACAUGUCUCUGCUAUAUGACAAGGUGAUUCACAUUGUGUCAAAGUGCCCGGAUGAACGAUCGGACGCUGAAAUCGAACAGAUUUUGCCAUGGUUUCGCAAAAAGUCGGAGCUGUUCAAGUCGCAAAAAUCGGAAAUCGUAAAGGACAUUUUGAAAAACUGUCGAUUCAUGACUUGUAAUCGAGACUAUGUCCUCAUCAAGCAAGGCGACAUGGGUGACUGUUUCUACAGCAUUCUUAACGGAUCUGUAGCCAUCCACAUACAAACGAACAUGCCAGAAGAGGGCAUCCCCUAUGACCUUGGUGCUCAAGAUGCCGACGCCGACAGUACGGAGAGUGUCAUCGACACCAGCGGACAAAACGGGAAAGAAUUGGAUCGAUCCAUUUUCGGGAACUUUGUCGGCACAAUACCCGCCGGAAGGAGCUUCGGGGAGCUGGCGCUCAUCAACGCCGACUGUGUGCGGAACGCUUCCAUCAUCGCCGACGAGACGACGGAUCUGAUAGUGGUGAAUCGUGAUCUGUAUAACCGAUCACUCAAAGCGUUUCAAGAAAAAGAGUUCAACGAGAAGAAGCGGUUUGUUGAAGAGUUCCCGUUGUUCCGGGGUUGGCAGACGAAGUAUCGGAAGCAGCUCGCCAUGUCGCUUCGCAAGGAGAAGGCUAACUUUGAUGGCAUCAUCAUCAAACAGGGCUGUCCCACAGACGGGAUCUGCUUUCUUUUGAGCGGACAGGCGAAGAUUCUGGUGGACCCACAACAGCACGAGUCUCAGUACUCAGAGCGAUUUCCGCUUCCGGAUAUUGCCGAGUUGGAGAAAGUGGAGGCCAGGGAGUCCAUUCGCAGGGAGAUGAACCUCGCCGUACCGCGCACCGAGGAGAAACGCCAUAUCUACGGGCCGCCGCGGACGCCCAGCUUUGGAGACCGGAAGCGAACGCACCGGACCGUGGAGGUUUGCGUCAUCGGAGCAGUGGAGGUUAUCGGAGACCUGGAAAUCGCAUUCGGGCUCCCGUCCUACGCACAGACGAUACAGUGUACGCAAGCCGUGGAAAUGUUCGUUCUUGACCAGAAAAACUACGAGCGUCUGAUCGAGAAACGCAAUCCACAGUCGCAGGACGCCAUGCGAGACUUCCUGCACGAGAAGUUGAAGGUCCGCAUGACGUGGAUACAGCCGGACGACUUGCCACUUUUGAGGUACUUCUUAUAUAAAUUAGACGAGAAACGGCGGCAAGAAGAAAAUAAGUGGAGAGAAUACAAUCGUAAGCGGGAUAAUCGUGAGACGGUUGAUUUUUGGAAAAGCGGGAAACUCUUUAAUGGGCCGUUAAUUGAUCAAUACGGGCCCGGGAGUGUGUUCUAUACUAUACGCAUGCGUGCUAACUCAAAAAGACCUCCAUUUAAAGCAAAAUUAGGUACUUCCGGUUUUGGAAUAACGAGAGCAUUGCCGUCAAGCCGCCACACAAACGGUACCGGAAAGCUCUCGCGCACGACAAACGCGCGAGGUUCAAAUCUUAGCAUCAGUGCUCAAAAUGGGACCGUAUCUAAUAUUAACGGACACUCCGAUAAGCCCGGCAACACAACGAACAACAAAUUCAACAGUAGCGGAAGUGAGGACGAAACGGCGUCGGAUUCCGACGUAGACGCUACUGACGGCCCGCGGGUGUCGCGCUCAAGUAAAGUCGUUUGCGACAGGAUUAAACAAUCGUCGAGGAACACGAAUUCCAAUAAAUCUGGAUCGGGUUGCUCCGUUGAUGAGUUUAUGAACCGAGAAAUGAACGAUCUGGCGUUGACGCGGCUUGAGACGCGCAUCGAGGAGUGGCACACAAGAGUGAAUAAGCUGGAGGAGGGCCGGAACUCUCGUCUCGACAAGAAACACAUGGUGAAGUUGCACAGGUAUCAGGCAGAGAACAGCAAAAAGCCACUGCCGGGGAAAAAGAUCAUUUUGAAACCUCGCUCCAAACCUAAACCCAACGCGCUGACUAUUCAUUUGGAGGCGAUAGACAACGCUCACAGGAAUGCCACGCCCCCACCUGAUGUACAGGAAGAGCCAAGCACAAGCUCAACACGUGACUGUACUCGCGAAUUAGCACGUGUCAAUACGACACGUGACACGUGGGAGGAGACAGACCCGCCGUUGCGUCACUGCGGUAUAAGGAGACCACAGUCUUGUAAACCAGUGACGUUAACUACUCCCGUACCACUGAAUCGACGGCCGAAAUCUGCCCGGAACUACACCGCGGAAGAAUACGUAUCCCUGAAAGAAGAGCUUCGCCGGAAGCAGAUCGCGUAUAAAUCCCUCCUAACUCGACCAUCGACUUCAUUUAUUUAGAAGACCAAAUUUUUAGAUUUUGAUUUCUAUGUUACUUAUUUUAGCAUAAUAAUGCAUGGCACUACUAAAUCUCGCCAUUUUAACAUGACGGACUAUAUUGAAAGGAUGUAUUAAUGCAAUUAUUAAAACCAAACCAAACUCA